AUGGCUGCGGAGGAGCUGUCGGAGGCCGGCAUGGCUGAUAUUAUUCGUGCACUUGAAGUGAUUCAUAGCCCUACGUCCACGAACCAACUUCGCAAAGAGGCUUUAGCCUUUGUGGAGUCGCUGAAAGACAACGAUGCUGCCGCUCGCAACGGCUUUCUGCUUGCAUCCCGCGUGGACCAUGCCCCUGUGGUGCGGUAUUUCGGCCUGACACUCCUGGACCAUGUCCUCCGGCAUCUCUCAUUCACCAACCCCGGCGAAUCCACGAACCUCCGGUCGAUGAUACUGCAACUUGCCGAGAACAUUCGCCCCGAGGACCCAAGUUACUUCCGAAAUAAGAUCCCUCAGCUUUGGUCGGAAGCCGCCAAGAAGAGCUGGGGCUUGGACUGGAUGGACAUGGACGAAACACUGGUCAAGUUCUGGGGAGCGUCGCUGGUACACAAUGAGUUGGUCCUCUCGGUUCUAGAGACCAUGUCAGAAGAUGUCUUCUUUAGGGAGGAUACAGUUUCGUCUUUGCGCGGAUCUGAGCUUAAUCGCGCACUUGUAGAGAUAUUCACACCUGCGGGGAUAGUUGAACAGAUUAAUCCGGACAAGAAGACCAACGCCUUGUUGCGAUCUGGCCAAGAAGGCUGGCUUGUUCGGAUAUGUGAGUUCCUCGAGAAUUGCAUUCAGAACGUGUCGAGCUCAACCCAAGCUCGGGAUUCCGCUGUCAAAGCUCUCACGGCUCUAAGAUCCGCGCUCUCCUGGUCCGUUUACAAAGCUGUCGUGGCAGGGCAAGUCGUUUCCAGCGUCUUCAGGGCCUUGACCUGUGAAAAUGAACAAGUGUUGCUGGCUGCGGUGGAAGCUCUGCAUGCCCUUUAUGGGAGAAAUAACAUGGGAAAUGAAGAAUCUCAUGGUUUGGUUUGUCUAAUCUUCGAACCAGAUUAUCUCAAUACCCUUCAAAAUCUAUAUCAAUGGUCAGUGGUGGGACCUAGUGAUGUCGAUGAGCCGAAGUAUCUGAUUUCCAAAAAGCUUUCUGAGAUGGUGUCUUAUGUCGCCGGUUGCUUGGAAGAUGAAAGAUUCCUCCGAGACACCAUGCACCGGUUGGACCUGCCGCCAUUUUUCAAUUUUAUGUUGAACAUCAUGCAGCAUCAGAGUCUUACAGUUUCUAUUCCAGUUUUACACUUGUGGUCUCGACUACUGGGUAUUCAGAAGGUUGGCAGUCUUGAAUAUGUUGUAAGCCAGACUCCGGUUUUCCUGAACAUUUGCACUCAACGUUUGAUACGCUGGGAAUCUCUCCCGGUGGAGUCAGAAGAUCCAACUGUGGAAUUCCUGGUUGAGGAUAUCGAUACUAUCCCUGAACGUCAUGCAUUUUGCGGAAACUAUCGACGGUACUGCUCAUCGAUUAUUGAGACAAUUACACAAAAGCGCCCCCAGGAAGCCGUACGCGAGAUCCUCGGUAGAGUGGAUGACAACCUCAACAACUUGUACAGCGGCGUGGAGCAUUUUCAAAUGCAAACGUUCAACAAAUCUUCCAUUCCUCUCAUGCGCGCCGACGCUCAAUUUGCAGUGGUUGAGGCCGUCAUCAAGGGCUAUACCAAAUGGAUCGAUGCUCACGGGAAGGCGCCACAAAAAGAUGAGCAGGAGCGCAGCCAGCUGGAAUUGGCAGUGGAAAGCUGGGCUUCCACACUAAUGCAACGGACCUAUGAGGAUCCCGUUCUGAAGCAACGAGUCAUCAAGUUGGUCGUUGAUAUCUCGUCGCGAGCUUUGGACAACCACCCAGCCUUUGCCCUCAAGGUUCUAGAGCACAUUCUGAUGACACGACUACCAGACCAGCCUCAAUUUCCUGCCUAUUCGGAAGCUGUCAAGGAGCUUCAUGGAUUGGCAAGCCAUGAACUGCGUCGCCUUGCGAUUCGCUAUGCAGAUUAUUUCUCCACGUUUUAUGACCUACUUGAGCCAAAGAUCAGAGAAAUUACACAGACCAACCGCGUGGAUGACAAGCUGCAGAUGGAGCUGACAUCAAUCCUGCUCAUUAUCAUGCAACGUGCAAACAAUAUUGACCCGAACUUGCGUCAGACCCGUCUGGCCUCUUUCCUUGCGCCUAUCAGAGAUGCAUGGCAGGACGAGGAGUUCCGCCGCAUGAGCUCGUCUUUCGACGGAUUCUGUGCUAUGCUUGGAUUAGAGAAUGUUGGUACGUAUAUGCAGGCUAAACAAGCACACAAGCUCGAUGAUUGGGCUUCGGUUCAGUUAGAUAGUGAAGGCAAACUUGUCCAAGAGGAGAUGACCAGAAAGUUCCAAAUGCUGCCGCUUCGUGGGACGAAAACAAUGCUUGCAGUCUCGACGGAUAAGCUGAAAAGAUCCUCGCCUGCGUACAAUGUGUCUUGCGAUAUGUGGCAGGAGCUUAUUCCUCUACUCCUUCCUACUUUGCUUCAGCUGCUGAGCCAUGCCCACGCUUUCCACAACCCGGCAAACUGGGCCGUUAGUGACGAUAUGCGGGCUGUUGUUGAGCGGAUUUUGACAGAUCGAUUUUGGCAAGCUGGUAUCUCUACUGGCAGCCGCGAUGAUUUCUACGCUAAAAUCACUGCAUCCAAGGCGACGCUGGAAGGAUUUGCAUCGUCUGUUCGGGGCAAAAUUAGGGCAGUUCGUGAGUCCUGCUACUCUAUGCUUUUUAGCAUGAGCAGAAUGCGUCAUCAGUUCUACGGAUUCGCGGAACUCCCCACUCCCUUGUCCGAGGCUCUGUUCAAGGACGCUGAACAUCUUUCCUCUCACCAGUUCUCGGUGUUGCUCAAUAUCUCCCGUUGUUUGAUUGACGAUUGCCCUGUUCAGUAUCGCAGCCAAUUCCUUCCACCUAUGCUGGCUACUCUGUUCAGAAGCAUCGACCGGAAGAUCACUAACGAGUGGGAGAUCAUUGAGCAACGAAAAAACGUGACUUCCGAUGGUGACCUGACCGAUGAAAUGAAGUCCGAAAGUGUCCUGCGCCAAUUAACUUAUUCAGCCGUCAUCAUGGUGGCCAGCUUGUUUGAUCCCCAAAGAGGAGAUCCCGAUCGGACGGAGACAGAUCCCAGCGCACCACAACCAACCCCUGAACUCGCGGAUUCCCUUCGCCAUUUCGUUCUAUCUUCCGCAGAUAUUUUUGAGCCUGUCAUGCUUUUCUGUACCCAUGCUCUUCGCAUGCGAGAUACUCGAUGCUGUAGCAUCAUCACCCGUGUGAUCCGCUCUAUCUUGGCUGAUUUUGCUCCUCCCAACAACAGUCCAACAACGGUCACAAUUCGCGAAUUCAUCUGUACUGAUGUACUUAAGGCCUGCAUCACAUCAGUACACGAGUCAUAUUUUGUGGAUAUGCAAAAGGAGCUUGCUCAACUGAUCGCUUCGAUCUGGGUUCUUUAUGGAUUCUGCAGCCAGACUCCUCGAUCCCUCUUCCUCAGUUUGCCUGGUAUCACCGAACAGAAGGUGUCCCAGACUGAGACAGCUCUUCAGCGGUGUACUUCUCCUCGUCAGCAAAGAGCGCUGAUCCUGGAGCUUCUCGAACCUCUUCGUGGCGUCAGUAUCGCUGAGCAAGGGAAGAUCCUUGGCUCUCGAGAGGAGCGGCGCAAAGCAAGAACUGCCCUCCAGGAAAGAUAUAUGACCAAUGAGAUGGAAACUCAGCAGGAAAAUCACCGUGUUGAUAUCAAUGACGGACCGGAUCUUUCUGGGGUUGCCGAUAUGUUCGGUUAG